CCAUAUUUUAGACUGUUUUCGAUAAUUUAUGACUGAAAAAUGGAUGAACUUUGCAUCCGACAUAAGCUGGAAACGCUAUUGAAGGUUUAUGACAUCUUCAAGUGGAUCGUCGAUGCCUAUGUUUUGGAUUUUUUGGUUUGUGAUUACUGGAAUUGCCUUCCUUCGUCAUUCAAAGCCUUAGAAGAUGUCUCGUUGUACGAGGAUUUAGUUUCAACCCUCCUUUCCCCCGUGAAAAUUGAUAGAAAAUGCAUUUUACCACUCUCGCUGCUGGCUGUGAAGAAGCUCGACGAAGCCUUUUGUCUUUCCAGAGCUCCGUGUGACCCAAAAUCCUCCUCUGAUGACAAAAAAUGCUUGAAUGAAAAGAUAAAAACGGAGUUGGAGAAGAGAAUUAAGCCGAAAAAGUUGCAUGAAAUACAAAAAAUGGUUAAAAUCUGUGAUGAAAGCUUACCUGUGAGAACAAUUAUUGACUUUGGCUCCGGCUUAGGACAUUUAUCGCGACAUUUGCAGUACAAAUUGGGAAUUGACAUGACUUGCAUAGAGCAAAAUUGCGCUUUAACAGCUGAAGCACGCAAAAUUGACGAGAAUCUUGAACGAAAAUUCCGGAAAAAUGUUCAAAAAGAUCCGCCAGCGAGAAUUUUUCACAUGGAAAAGUGCUUAAAAAACGAAAAUGACUUUCAAGAUGUUCUCAUGACAAUCAAAAAUAAUUUUAAUCCUUUGCCAAAACUUGAAUUAGGUCUUAUUGGGCUUCAUCCGUGUGGAGAUCUUGCCGUUUUGCUGUUAAAAUCCUUCUUGCAAUCGAAAGAAGUGAAAUUUUUGAACAUUGUUGGUUGUUGCUACAUGAAACUCACAACAGAAGCAACAUAUCUCAUGGAAGGCAGAGCACCCAAAAGCUACUUCAGUUAUCCUUUGAGCCAAUUUUUAACAAAUUUAGGCAGAAAUCGAUACAACUUGAGUUAUGAAGCCCUUGAAUCAGCAACUCACGCCAAGGAAAAGUACCUCAACGAUAUCAAAAAACCACAAAAAACUGAAUUUUUUAAAAUAAAUUCAUAUCGAGCGACAAUUGAAACGCUCAUUGUGAAAUAUUUCCCCGAAAAACGUCAUUCUGGGUUGAAAAACGUGCGCUAUGAAGAAAAUUUAACGUUUAAAGAGUAUUGCAAGAAGGCUUUAAGUGGCUCAGAUAUUAAAAUUCCUCAAGAAGACGUUGAAUCAGAAGAAAUUUCGAAAUAUUUGAAGGAAUGGAAGAGAGUUGUAAUUUUCUAUCUCUUGCGACUUGUCCUUUCACCGUUCAUUGAAAGCAUUUUGUUGUACGAUAGAAUGCUUUUUUUAAUGGAAAAUGGAUGCAAAUGCGAAUUGAGGCCUGUUUUUGAUCCCCUAAUAUCGCCACGAUGUCAUGUAAUGAGUGCAAUAAAAAAUUUUUGACCUGACUGAUGAAAGCAACGAAUUUAUCAACGACUUUCAUGUGAAUUUUG